AUGAAAACUUUGCUGCAUUACUUGUUCCUCUUCUGCUUCAAUAUCCUCCUCCCUGCAGUUCACAGCCAGUGUAUUAAAGAUCAGCAACAAUCGUUGCUCCAUUUGAAGAAAAGCCUUCAAUUUGAUCCAUCUUCAGGGCUAGCCCCGCCCAUAUCUUGGAAUUCAAGCACCGACUGUUGUUCUUGGGUUGGUGUUACUUGCACUAGCAAUGGGCAUGUUGUUGGUCUUGACCUUAGCGGCAAAACUAUCUUCGAUCCAAUUCCAGGAUCCUUUGCCAACUUUCCGAACCUGAGGGUGUUGAACUUGAGUGAGAACCUGAUCUUCGGUCCAAUUCCAGGAUCCUUUGCCAACUUUCCAAACCUGAGGGUGUUGGACUUGAGUGAGAACCAGAUCUCCGGUCCAAUUCCAGGAUCCUUUGCCAACUUUCCAAACCUGAGGGUGUUGGACUUGAGAUGGAACUCCAUCUCCGGUCCAAUUCCAGGAUCCUUUGUCAACUUUUCAAACCUGAGGGUGUUGGACUUGAGUUCGAACUACAUCUCCGGUCCAAUUCCAAGAUCCUUUGCCAACUUUCCAAACCUAAGGGAGUUGAACUUGAGUUGGAACCAGAUCUCCUAUCCAAUUCCAGGAUCCUUUGCCAACUUUUCAAACCUGAGGGUGUUGGACUUGAGUGGGAACAACAUCUCUGGUCCAAUUCCAGGAUCCUUUGCCAACUUUCCAAACCUGAGUGAGUUGGACUUGAAUUGGAACCACAUCUCCGAUCCAAUUCCAGGAUCCUUUGCCAACUUUUCAAACCUGAGGAUGUUGGACUUGAGUGGGAACGACAUCUCUGGUAUGGUUCCAGGAUUCUUUUCCAAUUUUUCAAAGUUGACUUCCUUGAGUCUCAGUGGUUGUCAGUUGAAUGGAACAUUUCCCAAAGAGAUCUUUCAGGUACCUACUCUACAAACUACUGACCUUUCGGGUAAUUUUAAACUUGGUGGUUUCUUGCCAGAAUUUCCCAAGAAUAAUGGAUCUCUUCGGUCCUUGAUUCUACGCCAGACAAACUUUUCAGGGUCACUGCCUGAAUCAAUUAGCAACCUCAAAAUGUUGUCCACGAUGGAUCUUUCCAAAUGCAAUUUUACUGGAUCAAUCCCGUCGUCACUUUUUUCUCUUCCCUUAUUGUCACAACUAAAGCUUUCCCACAAUCAAUUCUCUGGUGAACUUGCAUUUUCUAAUGUCUCUUCCAAUUUAGUUACCCUUGAUUUAAGCUUCAACAAUUUGGAAGGACAAAUAUCGGUGUCUAUAUUUAAUUUUGGAGGCCUUCAAUCACUUUGUCUUUCUUCCAACAAUUUCAGUGCCUUUCCGUUCAAUGGCCCUCACCGGCUGAAAUAUCUUACGAACAUCGACCUUUCGUACAAUAGCUUGCUGAGUUUAUACAAUGGAACUGAUUCCUCAUAUUCCUCAUUUCCUCAAAUUGUUUCAUUGAAUUUGGCUGCUAAUAAAUUGAGAACAAUCCCAUAUUUCUUGAGAAAUCAACCCACAUUAUCCAGUUUGAACCUUUCAGAAAACCAUAUCCAGGGCAAGAUACCCUAUUGGAUUUGGUGUUCCAAUCAACUUGAUUCCCUAAAUCUUUCUUGUAACUCCUUGGUUACUUUGGAAACUCCUUUAUGUAAUUCUACAGUGGAAACUGUUGACCUUCAUUCAAAUCAACUUCAGGGACAAAUCCCCACUUUCCUACCAUUUGCCAAGUAUCUGGAUUACUCGAGAAAUAAUUUCAGCUGUAUACCAUCAAAUAUUGGUGAUUUCCUCAUAAACACACUAUUCUUUUCUCUUUGGAGCAAUAACUUGCAUGGACUCAUUCCAACAUCAAUAUGCAAUGCCCCAAACAUUCAGAUUCUUGAUAUGUUUAAUAAUUCUCUAAGUGGCAUGAUUCCCCAAUGCUUGACUGCAAUACGCGAUAUCAGUGUACUUAACUUAGCGAGAAACAACCUCACUGGAACUAUUUCUAAUGUUGAAGUUUCUGAAGAUAGUUCACUGGAAAUUCUAGAGGUCAGUAGAAAUCAGUUAGGUGGCCAGGUUCCAAAAUCUCUAGCUAAUUGCACUAACCUGGAGGUUUUAAACAUUGGGAACAAUAAUAUAACAGACAGCUUUCCAUGCUUGUUGAAAAGCAUUUCCACCUUGCGUGUCCUUGUUUUGCGAUCUAACAACUUUUAUGGAGGCAUUGAAUGUCUCAACACCAAUGGCACCUGGCCAGGGCUUCAAAUCAUAGACCUAGCUCACAACAAUUUCCGUGGUGAAAUACAAGGAAUACUUUGGAGAACAUGGCAGAAAAUGAUGGUUACCGAAGAUGGUUUCCCGUUGACAUUCAAAGUCCACAAGCUUGGAAUGAUAGAUAAUGAGAAGUAUUCAACGGACCGAAGCUAUAAUGGAUAUGAUGGGAAAGUCCACAGGCCUAGAAUGAUAUAUAAUGGUGGUUCUUUUAGAUUUAUUAAUGGAAACGGUCCUUUGAGAUUUGAGGAGGUUAAAUUGGGCUUUGGGUAUGGUUCUGUGGGAUUUGAGGAGGUUUCUUUGGGCUUUGAGUAUGGUAUAAGUAUAACAGUUACCAACAAAGGUUCAGAGAUGUAUAUGGUAAAGAUUCUAUCUAUCUUCACCCUGAUUGACUUCUCAUGCAACAAUUUCAGUGGACCAAUACCUAAGGAAAUGGGAGAAUUUAAAUCACUACAUGUCCUUAACUUGUCCAGCAAUGCUUUCACAGGCGAAAUCCCAUCCUCAUUUGGUAACAUGAGUGCACUCGAGUGCUUGGACCUGUCACAGAACAAGCUGAGCGGGCACAUUCCACAAGAGUUGGAAAAGCUUACUUUCAUUUCGUUCUUGAAUCUCUCAAAUAAUCAAUUGGUCGGCAGGAUCCCAACCAGUACACAGUUUUCAACAUUUCCAGAAGCCUCCUUUACAGGUAAUAAAGGACUAUGGGGGCCUCCUUUGUCACCACCACCAACAGUGAAUGGAAGGCCUCCAAAUUCUGGGCAUCAUCCUGAGGUUAAUUGGGAUCUUAUCAGUGUCGAAAUUGGAUUCACAUUUGGCUUUGGAGUUGCCAUUGGGUCACUUGUGUUGUGCAAGAGAUGGAGUAAGUGGUAUUACAGAGCUAUGUACAACAUCCUUCUCAAGAUAUUCCCUCAAUUGGAGGAAAGAAUUGGUAUUCAUCGAAGACAUGUUCACAUAAAUCAAAGGUGGUGGAGACGUUGA